GCAAGGCCACGUGGGCGACACGUGGGCGGCAAGUCGGCGCCACGUAGGCAAAGAGCUGCUUGCCGGGCGAGCAGAUUUCUGUCCAUCUGCCCGGGGGUCCAGCCAUGGCGGCAGCAGCCUCUGAGUGCCUUCUUCGCCGAGGAUUGGUGUCUAGUGUGACGCGCUCCUGCAGCAGCGUGCACGACCCACGGUCACGCGAUCGGUUCUGUAAUAGUAGUUGUAGUAGUAGUAGUAGCAGUAGUAGUAGUAGUAGUAGUAUAUGGCUUCAUCCUUCCUGGAGGAGAGAUGGGGCUGAUUGGUGCUCGAGAGGGGAUGGGAGGUGUCUCAAGGUCGACCGGGCAAGGUCGCCGUCGUCGUCGUUGGCAUCUUGUAACGCCCGGUGCCUGACAAGAUUGGCAUCCAGUUGUGUCCUCCUCCAUCCCUUGCGCCGACACAGGCGGGGGCGCGUGGACGCGAGAGCCGCCGCUGCCCUCGACAGUUCCGCCGGCUAUGGCGGGAGCUGUCGUCGGGCGCUCUGCACGAGCUGUUUCGCUCGUAUCCGGGGGGGAAUCCUUGAAGCGAGAGGCGGCGGUGGGGCUAAUGAGAAGAGUAGGAAGGGGAAGAGAUGGCGGAAGGUCGGGCAUGGCGGCGGCGGCGGCGGGGCGCUGGGGGCCACGGCGGACGGUGGAGAAGCGCCCCCUUCUCCUUCCCCACCAUCUUCGUCAGCGCAAUCCGGAUCUCUGUCGACGGACGAGAUCCAGCCAGACUGCGACCCCGUCGAGGAGAUCGUGGAUGACGUGGUCGUUUACGUGUGGCGGGAGCUGGACCGGCGGUACAACCUGAGAGAGAAGUUGGGAUGGAAGUCGGGAUCUCGACCUGGGGAGAGAGGAGCAAGGGACGCUAUGGCGGUGAAUGGGGAGGGAGGGUUGCGCGGCACAGAGCUGGAAGUGGCAAAGGAGGCGGCGGAAGUGAGGGAGAAAGAGGAAGAGGGGGAGAAAGAGGAGGAGGAAGAGGAGGAGGAGGAGAAGAAUAGCUUACAGAUUAUGGUCCAGCUUCGGAAGAUGCUGCCGCCCAGAGUGAGCAACGAUGAAGACCUCCGCCAGGUAAUGCACUUGAAGCCGCGACAGGCGCAGGUGGAAUACCGUCUGGAUCUGGAUCGGCUGGUUGCGGACGCUGUGUCUGUCGUGGAAGAGGCGCGCUCCGAAACGGGCGCAUUGCUACGUGCCGCACAGAAGGGUGCGGAGGACAUGCCGUCCAGAGCCGCGCAGAGAUUGGCUGCGGCUAUGUCGGCCUUGGGCGGCACGGUCGAGCGCUACAAGGAUGUGCGGAGUUGGGACGCGAAGAAGUGGCUGGCCGUGGGGCUGUGCUUGACGUCUCUAGUCGGAGGUAUGUGGUGGGCGAUGGCGGCGGCGACGGCGGCGCGCCGGCGACCUAUGCCUUCUCUGCCCUCGGCUUCGCAAUCGGCCCUGGAUGCCGGGAUACCAGCCCCGACGACGAAGAAUGCGGCGGCGAUGAUGAGGAGCACGGUGGCGGCAGGAGGUAAGCGUCUGCCAGGGAAGGGAGAAGAGGGUGGUGGUGGUGGUGGUGGUGUGGGAGAUGUGGUGCUCACGAAGCACGUGAGGGUUGGGAAGCGGAGGGUGAGGGUAGAGAGAGAGGUCGGGGAGGGGGAGACAGCUUUCGAGCGGGCGUAUAUGGAGUUGGAGAGGCUGGGAGGAGAGCUGCAAGGGAAAGGGGAGGAGGGGGAUGGCCGUAACGGGAACGUGAACACUCAUUCUUCUUCGAAAUGGGCGAGCUACGUGCGCCCGAAGGACUCUGUCGACCACGCUACUACGGUGGGGGAAGGAGGAGGAGGAAGAGGAGGUGGUGAUGGUGUCGAUGAUAGCGCAGUCGCCGAGGGCGCGGGAUGGCUAGAGAAGUUGGAGGGGUGGAAGAAGGUUGUGAGCAAACAGAGAGAGGCUGGUGGGGAUGCCGACGGUGUGUUCGUUGUGGAGCGAUCGUCUCUGCCCCCCAACCGGACGUCCACCUCUUACGUGGACCACUUGCGCAAGACUUGGUGGCGUUAUCGACCAUCGCUGUCGUACUCGGAUUUGUUGCGCGAGAUUCAGGAGGGAGAGGUCAGGCGAGCUGCAUACAGUCAAGACUUGUCCAAGCUUUAUGUGGAGAUGAAGGAUGGCUUUCCUCUGGAAUUCAAGGUGGACAUCCCGGCUGAUCCGUAUCUGAGCGACCUGAUGGAAAUUGCUGACGUGGAGGUGUCAGAAAUGCCAGUAAGUCUGCUGACGUCAGGGCUACAAGUGGCUGCACUGGUCGUCCCCACCGUCCUCCUUGUGAUGGCCCUCGGACCAAAGAAGUCAAGAAAGGAGUUGGCGAUGGAGGAGGCGGAGGAGAUGAAGGGUAUCACUAAGAUAGCGUGGGCAGACGGUGAGAGCAGGACGAACCCCUUCUUGUGGAGGGUCAAUAUGCCUCAGAAUCUGCCGAGUCGGGACAAGCGCAUAAAGGAGGCGCUGCGGAACGGGAUCGGGUUGGAGUUGUUCGAGAGCCCUGCCAGAGCGGAAGGGCUGCUGGAGGACGUGGUGGGGAUGCCAAAGGUGAAAGCCCUCAUCAAAGAGUACCUCCAAAUCUUCUCAGACCCUGGCUUCUUCCAGCAACAUCGAGUGAUCAUCCCCAAGGGAAUCCUUCUGCACGGCCCACCUGGGUGUGGGAAAACCCUCUUUGCAAGGGCCAUGGCUGUCGAGUGUGGUCUGCCCUUUAUUGCCGUGGGAGGCUCAGAGCUGAUGGAGCUGAUCAGCAAUCACGGUCACGAGGUGAUAAGGAACCUGUUUGCAGCUGCAAGGUACCUGGCCCCCUGCAUUGUCUUCAUCGACGAGAUAGAUGCACUUGCCAGCAAAUCGGUUGAAGAGGACGAAGAGAGGAGCUACGCCCUUGAGAUGUUGUACCUGGAACUCGAUUCGUUGGCCGGACCCCAUGACGUCUUUGAUAUAGAUCAGGCCUUUGUCAUCAUAGGAGCAACGAACCGCGUGGAAGAGCUAGCGGAAGACUUCGUUAGGAUGGGGCGGAUGGACAAGUUGGUCUACGUUGGCAGACCCUCGUGGCGUGACAGAUUACAGAUCUUUGAUGUGCACAAACGGGGCCACAGAAUGGCUGCCGACGUCGAUUUCUCCAAGAUUGUCUAUCGAACGGCUGGCAUGUCUGGGGCAGACAUCAAGAACCUUAUCAACGAAGCAGGCCUCAUUGCUGUGCGCGAGUCGAGGGAUCACAUCACUCAGCAAGACUUCGUUGCUGUUCUGGAUCGAAUGCUUUUCGAAUCGGUGUCCAUCAACCUGACCAAGGAAGAGCUUGAGGAGCGCCUGCUGCUGGUGCCCAAGGAUAACGAGAGGCUUCUUGCUCUCCACGAAGCAGGCCAUGUUGUUUUGUCCAUGCUCUACCCCAAUUACGACAUCCUCACCUUCGUUAUACUCUACCCUGGAGGCCAAGAGCGGGCGAUGAGUGUGUACUACCCGAGCAACGAGAGAUUCGACAUACCUGGAACGACAAUCGGAUACGUGCAAAUGCACAUGGUGGUGGCAUUUGGGGGAAUCUGUGCAGAGAGGCUGUUCUUUGGGGACAACCAGCUGACGGACGGAGGGAGCGAUGACUUGUCGAAGAUAUCGAACUUGGCACGGGAGCUAGUUGUAGGUGGGGUGAGCAACAAGCUUGGACUGUUCCAGCUGCUGGACAGGCAGACGGCCAGGAAACCUUUCCCUUAUGACCAGGUGCCGCUGCUGCCAGGAGAGUGGCAGGAUCGCAGCAAUGAGAAAGCGGCGCUGCCGGCGGAGUUGAGCGAGCUCUUUACCCGCGAAGUCAUGCUGUGGGUGGAGUGGGCAGAGGACGAGGCCAUGGAGGCUCUGAGGAGAAACAAGCAUAUUGUCGAGGCAGUGGCUAACGAACUGAUUAAGCGGCGAAAACUCACCGGAGAGGAAGUGAAGGAGCUCGUCGAUAGCAUGAACCCGUAUCGAUUUCCGGACCUCAUGGAGUAUCCGUCCUUUGAGGAGGUCAUCAGCGGAGAAAUCGUUGUUAAUCCCAACAAUGCAGGUCCAUACGAGCCACUGGACGUGUAUGCAGCACCACUUCACCGGUGCUAGAACUUCACAAUGAGGAGUGUCAGAGGUAGAGUGCCGGGAGGAAGCCAAUUAGUGCAUCAUCUAGGCAAGCAUGUUUGA